UGGCAUUGGAUGAAGAGUCGAAGGAAUUAACAGUCAUCAACACCCAUCGUGGCCUUUACAGCUUCAAUCGCCUUCCGUUUGGAGUUGCUUCCGCGCCGGCGAUUUUUCAGAGGAAAAUGGAGAGCAUGCUCGCAGAUCUGGAGGGCGUGCAAGUGUACCUGGACGACGUCCUGGUAGCGGAACAACCGGGAACCGACAACCUGAGCAGGGUGCUGCAACGCUUCCGGGACAUGGGUGUCAAGCUUCGGCGAUCAAAAUGCCAAUUUAGGAAGCCGGACAUCACUUACCUGGGCCACCAGAUCGACAAGGAAGGACUACAUCCAAUCGAGAAAAACUUGGAGGCCAUCCGAGAUGCACCGACGCCGUCAAAUGUUCAAGGAGACUCCUGGGACCUUGGAGCACCGGUGUGGGUCCGCAACUUCGGCCAAGGUGAAAGAUGGUCACCGGGGACCGUCCAGAACAAGCUCGGGUCAAGGAUGCUGGUCAUCGAGACUCCGGAGGGAACAGUCCGUCGACACAUGGACCAGGUCCGCGGCAGACAAGGUCCGACUGAAAGUCUGGGUGGCCCUAAAAACGGUUCGGACAACGUCGGGCCGCCAGUGACACUAGGACAGCCGGACAGCCAGGGGCCACCGAGCGAUGAAGACGCGCCAGCCCCCGACGGUCAAGACCAACCAGCCUUACGACGCUCAACGCGGACAGGGAAACCGAUCGAUCGUUUGCAAUAUUAA